AUGACUCCUCCCGGGGUGCAAGUGUCGCUCUCGCUGCUGUUACUGAGCGGCUGUCUCCUCGCGGCGGCCCGGAAGGACAAGGGGGCGGCUGGCAGCGCGACUCAGCAGGUCCUGGACCCCGCAGGCGGCUCCUCCGGUCAUUUCGUCAGCCCAGGGCAGCAUGCGUGCAGCUGGCAGCUCCUGGUGCCUGCCCCAGGGGCUGCGGUGGGCAGCCAGCUGGGGCUUAGUUGCCAAGGCCCGGACGGCGUGCGCUACCAGUGCGUCUACCACUGGGAGCCCCAGAGCUGUGCCGCCUACGCCGCCCGAGGCGCGCUCUACUGGAAGCAGGUGCUGGGCCGUCUGCGCAAGAAGCGGCUGCCCUGCCACGACCCUGCGCGGUUCAGGGCCCGCCUGUGCUCUGGCAAGAAGGGCCACGGCGCCGAGCUGCGCCUUGCGCCCCGCGCGUCCCCGCCCGCGGGCCCCACCACUGCGGGCUUCCUCCGGGAGCCCCAGCCGCGGGCCAGGGGCCGAGGGCGGCCGCGGGAGCCAGUGCGGGGUCCAGCAGCAGGGACCCCGCCUCCCGCGAGUACGCAGUCCAAAGAGAAGCGGUCUGAGAAGAGGUCCAAAGUGAGCAAGAGGAAGGGCGUCUCGAGCCCCCAGGAGCAACCCAUGGGAACUGGGCCAGACCUCGACGGGCUGGACGAGAACGCAGCGCUCUCGGAGACCUACUGUGCUGAGGAGUGGCACUCUCUCUGCAAUUUCUUUGUCAAUAUCUGGAAUGGAUGA